AUGGCAGCAAAACUUGUAACACUACCAUAUUUUGCAUCGGUAGUCUUGACUUGUUUGGUGGUUGUAUCUGUGUCAGCUAUAACAUCAAAGAAGAUAAAUUCUUUGAAACUAACAAAGCAAGUUAACAGCAAAGGGCCUUAUAUUGGUCUCCUCACUGUGUUUCCACCAGAAGAGAAUGCCUUUUUAGGGACUGCGGAUUUCAAGCCUAAUCCUGAGCACCCUUUCGUGGACCUGUCAGGGCGAAGAUAUCGAGUCGGAACAAUCUACGGGAAGAAAGUCAUCUAUGUGAGAUGUGGGAUUGGAAUGGUCAAUGCUGCUGCGGUGACACAACAAAUGCUGGAUCUGUUUCAUGUAGCCGGGAUUGUCCAUUUUGGGAUUUCUGGCAAUAUCAACAAUUCUAUGUCCAUUGGAGAUGUUAGCAUCCCCAAACAGUUUGCUAAUACUGGCCUUUGGAAUUGGCUGAACCCAAAAGGAACUGUGGACCCUGAUGAUGUCGCUCAAUUAGAGGUUGGAAAAUAUAAUGUGCCUAAAGGAGACGGUGUGAAUCUGUUAGGAAAACUCAGUUACAGUCCCGAGCAGUUAUUUUCAGUGUCAAGGGAGCCUAAUGAUGCUAUGACCCUGUUUUGGGCAGGAGUGAGUCAGCACUGGCUUAAGCUCGCUUCUAGUUUGGAGGGGAUGGAACUGGAGAAGUGUGUUAAUUCAAGCUUGUGCCUUCCACAAAAGCCCAAGCUAGUUGUUGGGCUCAAGGGCUCAACCGCAGACAUUUUCGUGGACAACGCAGCUUACAGGGAUUUCCUUUAUAAGGCUUUUGGGGUUUCAUCAGCUGAUAUGGAGAGCUCUGCUGUAGUGAUGACUUGCUUGUCAAAUGGUAUCCCUGUGAUUGUCAUCAGAGGGAUGUCAGAUUUAGCUGGAGGACAAUCAGGAGAGAAUGCAAUGGACACAUAUGGUUCGCUUGCAGCUCUGAAUACUGCCAAGGCUGUUCUUAAAUUUAUCAGCAAGCUACCGGGAUAUAAUUCUCGAUAGAGUUAUGCUUUAAAGCAUUGUUUCGCAUUGGUCAGUUGCAAUAAUAAGAAAUAUGAGUGACAAGUUAAAUAACUGUCUUUCUUAGAAGUUCUCCAGCAUAUCCUAGCUGAUUUAGUGCAGCAGAAUAAACUUCCUUGGAAACAUAUCUUUAAAGGAAAGAUUUUGAUGUCAAUCAGUGAUGCAAAGCUGUAAGAACUCUUAAAUAAAGUGUUCACGAUAAUUACAGUA